AUGCUUUCUAGCUCUGACAAGCGAGUCGAUGGUGUCAUGGUCGUUGUCCGAGGAAACGAUUUGAAGAAAGUUUUGGUUUCAACCGACGAUGCCGUUCUUGUGGAAAUUAAAGUCGCGCUCCAAUACUUUGGCCGUCCAAGCCUUCAGAAACAAGGGAGGGUGGCCCACAUUCUUCUUCGAUACAAGCCGACGUAUACGACGUUUUCGGCAGCAGAAAACAUCCCAGUUCCGAGGGGCGAAGAGUUUCUUACGGCCCUUAUCUUAACCAACUUCAAAAACUUGAGGCAAGUUGGUUUGGACAGAUCCGAUUCGGAGCAAGCGGAGGUAGCUGAGGAGGUCGCUGAGGAGUCAAACCAGUCUGAAGCCGAAGUAGACGAGGCUUUGAAGUUGGUCUUUGAGGAAGCCGGCCUCAAUUCGUCUAACCCUCCGUCUACCUCAGGCCGAGGGGACGUUUCCUUCGACGACAUCUUUACAGGUUUAGAAGAUCUUUUCGGCGCGUACCCUGAGGACAUGGCUGGGUUGUCACUCACACAACUUGCCAAGAAGAAAAACGCCGCAAGAAUGGCCGCCCGGCAGAGAGCCGAGGCCAUUCGAUCGGAAUUUCCACCUGUUGCCGAUGCUGAGCCCUCCCUGCCUAUUGUUGAGGAAGAGACGGCUCAAACCCAAACGGCCGAGUUGGAGCAGGUAGAGCAGGCGAAUCAGGAGGUUGAGCAAAGGGGGGAGAAACGCCCCGCCGAGAAAGAAGCCGAGUCCGUUGAAGAGCAAACCGAUAAAUGGCCGCGUAUUGAGGAAUCGGAUUUGGUUGUUCCGUUCACUGUUCAACCAAAGAUAAGAAACAUGCCGAUUUCCUCUGACACGUCGGCUUUAAAAGACCCGGCUGUGGCCUUGAUCAUGGCCUCUUCGAUCUCCCUGCCAGUUGACAGAGCCGUAUUUCGGGCCGAGCCAGAUUUGCUGUCGAUCGCAUUAGCCGCUCAGUUGGCUUUAUUGAUGGUGGGCAAGAUAGCUGAAAUAGGCCGCCGUCAACAUGACGCUAUAGAACAUAUCACUUUGCUGAAAAUCGAAGUUAAAAAUGAAAAGAACAAGGCUGUGGAAGGCUCUCAGAGAGCCGAUUCUGAAGCGGCGAAAGCGGCGGAGGAACGUGCGAGGGCCGACUCUGAGGCCGAGAGCGCGAGGAACUUCGACCAGUUAAGGCUGUCUGUCGAGGACAGGGAAAAAGCGAGUGAGGACGCGCUCCAGCUAGCCAAGGAGGUGAUUGCCAAGUUGGAAGCCGACUUGGAAGAAUCAAAGAAGGCGAAGGAAAAAGCUGACUUUGAGGUUUCCAAAGCGUUCCAGGCUGGACAAGAGGCCGCCUUGGAGAGCUAUGCGGAUGAAGUACCCAAAUUCAAAAAUCGGGGCUUCAAACACAGCUGGCUCAAAGCCCUUGCUGCCACGAAUGUGACAUAG